AUGUUCCGGUUCUUUCAAUCAUACCCAGAGUGGUCUGAGCUUGAUGAAAACCUCAACCAGAUGAUGACUCUGAACGCAAAAGCACUUGCACAGUAUGAUAUUGCUCAUGGCCAAAAUAUGUCGAAUUUCAUAAAUCGUCAGCCAGAAGAAGUGAAAAACAUUCUGAAUCAGAUAUUUGAAACAUCAAAAGAUGAGAGAUGUCUCAUUGAAUCAGGCCAUAUUGCUGUAUCAAAAGCUCGUGCUGAGUUACAAAAAUUAAAGCCAUAUCACGACAAAUACGCUGAAGAGGUUAAGAACGCUAAUGCUAUAUACAACCAAGCCGCCAAAAGCGAAGCAAAUCAUAAAUAUCAAGAGGAAAGACUUGAACAAAUUAGAGCAAAAUCUGGUGAAACUUCUAUGGAAUAUCAGACACAGCAGGAUAAAGUUAAUCAGGCCCUCAAGCAAAAAGACGCUGACGCAUUAUCAAAAGCCCAAAAAGAAGAAGCUAUGAAAUCCAUUACACAAAAUUACAAAGAGCAAUACUUUAACUGCAUAUUAGGCGCAUUGCAGAUUAUUGCCGAAGCUCGUGAGCAGGCUUAUCAUGGAAGAAUAGGCAUCGGAGAAAAAAUAUCAAAUUUGGCAAAUGAAUUAGUUCAACCGGAUGAUCCAAGUAUCGCUACUCUUGAAGAAGAACUUUCAAGACUUGAAAAUAUUACUAUUGAAUAA